AUGAGGUCGCCGCCACUGGUCCUGCUCCUCCUGAUGGGCGUCCAAGCUGUACUGAACAUGGGAGGUGGGCGGGCCCUAAGCACAGAGGCAGCCAACCACGACGCAGGACAGCAGACAGAAGCCGAUCACAGAGCAGGGCAGCAGCAGCAGACGGCGGGGGACCACCUCCCCGAGCAUCGCGCUACGUCGCCGCCGGAACGCCGCAGGAACAGCCAUCACAGGACCAGGCGGCCCCACCGGCCCCCCGCCACUCAGACCCCGGGAGCCGUGUCCGUUCCUCAGUCCAUCUCUCCCCUUGACCUCUCCAUCCCCGAGGUGGACCCCAAAAUCUUCUCCAAGAGGCGCUUCCGCUCCUCGCCCCGGGUGGUCUUCAGCGAGACCCCGUCGCACGACGUGCCGGAGGGGAAGGACUCCGACGAGCGGGGGGCCGGCGGCGGCGGCCGGGGGUCCCGGGUGCGGCGGCGGGCCGGGACCCAGCUGAUGCCGGGGGAGUACUCGGUGUGCGACAGCGUCAGCGACUGGGUGGGCAACCGCACCACCGCCACAGACAUCUGGGGCAACGAGGUGACGGUGUUGCCCAACGUCCGCAUCGAGAACCUGGUGAAGAAGCAGUUCUUCUACGAGACCACCUGCCUGUCGCCCACGCAGAGGGGUCCCGGGGGCGGCGGCGGGGGCAGGGCGGGCGCCAGGAGCCGGAAGCAGAGCUCCAGGGCGGCGGACUCUGGGUGCCGCGGGAUCGACGUCCGCUACUGGAACUCCUACUGCACCAACACGCACACGUACGUCAGCGCCAUGACCACGUUCGAGGAGAAGGCGGCCUGGCGUAACAUCCGCAUCAACGUGGCGUGCGUGUGCGUGCUCACGCGCAAGUCCUGGCAGGGCCGGGCAGGGCGCUGACCCAGGGGAUGACCCCCCCCCCCCCCCCCCCCCCCCCCACC